AGAUAGAAAUCCAGGAGCGCGGACAACAGGGCGCUCCAGCUGCUGAGCCUGUAGCUUUGAGCUGAGCGCUUUGCUUCAGCAGUAACUCACAGGUCCACUGAAGAAGACAGUAAACCACCUGGACACAGCGGCUCGACACCGAAAACACACUCACAUGACGGGCAACAGCAGCGGCACAAAUCUCCGCCUGAGUGUAAACAAGCGAAACAGCGGGGGGAAAUGUCCUGGACGUGGACGCGCGGUGAGGAUGCAGAGGAAGGCAUGUAUCAGGACCCGGACUCUGAUGUGGUAGAACAGAGAGACUCUGGAAAAGUGAAGGUGAAAUGGACCCAGGAAGAGGAUGACAGCCUCAAGGCUCUGGUUCAAGAAGUGGGACCAAAUGAUUGGAAAUACAUCGCCAGCUUCAUACCAAAUCACACUGAACACCAGUGUCAGCACCGCUGGUUCAAGGUCCUGGAUCCAGAUUUGGUCAAAGGUCCUUGGACCAAAGAGGAAGAUGAGAAGGUCAUAGAGCUUGUUAACCUCUAUGGCAACAAACAGUGGGCCAUGGUCGCCAAGCAUUUGAAGGGCAGACUGGGGAAACAGUGCAGGGAGCGCUGGCACAACCACCUCAACCCCGACGUGAAGAAGUCGUCGUGGACAGCCGAGGAGGACCUCAUCAUCUACAAGGCUCACCGUCUGCUCGGAAACCGCUGGGCUGAGAUUGCUAAGCUGCUCCCUGGCAGGACAGAUAAUGCUGUCAAGAAUCACUGGAAUUCUACCAUCAAACGCAAGUUAGAGAUGGGCUUCUACGCUGGAGAGGUCUUCAGGCCGAAUGAACUUGAGGAGAUUUUGGCCCGGGUCAGUAAAGAGCCACAGGUUGCCCCAUGCUCUGAUGCUGGUGUGGACAAGGAGCCGGAGCAGAAACCUACACCUUCAGAGACAGCCACUUCAGCCCCCAGAAAAACUGGCCAGAGUGAGGCAGGGCCCUCAAAAGCUGCUUCCUCUUCCAAGGACGGGCUGAGUCCCAAGGCUGAACAGGAGGCAGGAGAGGCCAGCUCCACCGGCUGGGUGGUGGACAGCUCUGGCUUUCUCUCCCCAUCAGGACCAGCACUGAAGGAAGUGAUGGACAUGGUGGAAGGGGAUAUCGACUGUUGGUGCAACUUGGCAGCCUUUGACCUCCCUGAGGAGAGUCAGAGCCCAGAGCGCCACCAGUUUCGCCUGGAGGGCAGCGCCUUGCAGGAGCUGAGCAAAGGCAGCAAGGGCGAGCUCAUCCCCAUCUCGCCCGGAGGGGUCACUCCACCCUCCAUACUGAACCGGAAAAGCCGCCGACGCGUCAGCUUGUCUCCUGACACUAGCAACUCCAUGACCCCCAAGAGCACUCCUGUCAAAAUCCUGCCCUUCUCUCCGUCACAAUUCUUCAACAUGUGGACCAAACAGGACACUCACGACCUGGAGAACCCGUCCCUCACCUCCACGCCAGUGUGCAGCCAGAAAGCCAUCGUCACCACGCCGCUGCAGCGUGACAAGACGCCCCUCACUCAGAAGGAAAAUUCUGUGUUUAUUACACCCAACCACAAGUCUGAGCUCUGUACGACUCCACGGACUCCAACACCGUUCAAAAAUGCCAUGGAGAAGUACGGGCCUCUGCAACCUCUGCCUCAGACUCCUAACUUGGAAGAGGACAUAAACGAGGUCAUUCUCAGGGAGGCUGGGGUUGAGUUGGUGGUGGCGGGUGCCAGUCCGCCCCUGCCCCGACGCAAAACUAUGCAUCGACCUCCUAUGAAGAAAGUGCGUAAAUCCUUGGCGCUGGAUGUCAUGGACUGCCAAGAGAUGACGACAGCCAAACAGAAGUCGGUCAAGUCUGAACCCAAACACAGCAUCAAGGAGGAAACUUCACUCUCUGCUCCCCUGAACUCGUCAUCCUUCUGCACCAAAAGAGAGGACAACAUUCUGGAUCAGGGCUUCCUCAUGGGACCAAGCGAGAGCACCAUAUUUCCCAGCAUGACACCCCCGACUCUAAUGUCUAAAGAGUGGGAGACCGUCGUGUGCGGGCAAACGAAAGACCAGCUCAUUAUGACCGAGAAAGCCAGACGCUACCUACGCUCACUCAAGUCCAGCGCUCCCAGCCGGGCUCUCAUUUUGUCCUGAGACACACACACGCACACGCACACACACACACACACAACUGUCAUUUUCCCCCUCUUCCUUUUUGCUGAUGUAAGUUGUGGUAGAGAAAAUAAAAUGUCCUCUGUAGGUGUAGUACAAUUGUGGAACAAGCUUAGUCAUUAGCUUGGCAAUGGAUUCCUGUAAAUUAUUUGAUUAGCAGCAGCUCUAUAAUGCUUGGUUUCUAAAAUAAAAGCCCAGCCAAAAGAAAAA